CGCGGUAGAAGGGGCGGCUCCGGCGCGGGGCGCGGUGCGGUGCGGUGCGGUGCGGCCGGGCCGGCUCCAGCGCUGCCCUUGACCUUCGCCCGGGGUCGGAGCCGGAGGAUGAGCCCCGCCCCGGGCCGGGGGUAGCCCGCAGCCCGCGCCCCGCAGCAUGGGCCAGCACCGGAGCACGAGGAGCCGAGCCAUGGAGGCCAAGAGGGAGGGGUGCCCGGCGGACCUCAAGGAGGCGGGCGCCAAGGGCGAGCCCGGCUGGUGCAAGACGCCCAGCGGGCACAUCAAGCGCCCCAUGAACGCCUUCAUGGUGUGGUCCCAGCACGAGCGGCGGAAGAUCAUGGACCAGUGGCCCGACAUGCACAACGCCGAGAUCUCCAAGCGCCUGGGCCGGCGCUGGCAGCUGCUGCAGGACUCGGAGAAGAUCCCCUUCGUCAAGGAGGCCGAGCGCCUGCGCCUCAAGCACAUGGCCGACUACCCCGACUACAAGUACCGGCCCCGGAAGAAGGGCAAGGUGGGCGCCGGCAAGGCCCGCCCGCGCCUGCCCGUCAAGAUCAAGCCCUCCGUGCUCGGCCGCGUGGCCUCCGGCCGCAGGCAGCCGCCCAAGCCGGAGCCCGGCGGCAAGGCGGAGGAGCCGCCCGGGGGGCAGGUGCCGGAGGACGCCGGCCCGAAGACGCCCGGCAAGUGCUGGCCCGCGGGCGAGACGGACGACGCCCCCGAGGAGCCGCACGCGGGCCCGGACCCCGAGGCCUCCGCGCAGCCCUUCCUGGAGCAGCUGCGGCCGGCGGGGAGCGAGUCCCCGUCACCCAUGUCGGCCGGGUCCCCGCCGUCCUCCUUCGCCUCGUCCGACGAGGAGCUGGAGGAAGAGCUGCUGGGCGUGCUGCCCGGGAGGGCCCCGCCGAGCGCCGCCCUGGACUGGGCCGUGGUCGACAAGGACCUUGACCUCUUCCCCCGGGGAAUCCCCUCGCACUUUGAGUUCCCGGACUACUGCACUCCGGAGGUGCGGGAGAUGAUCGCGGGGGACUGGCUCAUGUCCAGCAUCUCGGACUUGGUCUUCACGUACUGAGGCCCGCGCCUCGGCAGGUAACUCUUUUCCGCAAUCAGGUCUGUUCAGAAACAAAAAGAAACCAGCUGUUUACAUGCAGGAAUCAGGUAUCUCGCCUUGAACGCAGCCGAAGGCUGCCCCAUCCCCCUCCGCACACACCCACCUCUCCCCGCGCCAGCCCCGGCUCCCGGCUCUCGGCUCCCGGCUCGGGGCCUGGUGCCGCCCCGUGCCCCAGAGCCUCCGGGGACAACAGGGCUCGACACCGCGGUGAUUUUGCCAUGAAAUUUGACUGUCUAAUCAGGUUUUCAUUGUCGAGCGCCCCCUCCCCCCACCCUGGCUACAGCUGCUGCUCAGCUCCGCCGCCAUCCAUCUAUCCAUCCAUCCAUCCGUCCAUCCAUCAUCUCCGCCGUGGAGAGGCCCCCCACCCCUCCAUCCUGCUUCUACCCCAUCUUGUCCCUGCUGCCCUCGCCACUUGUCCCCUUCCCUGUGAAUUGGCAGACGCGCUCCCCCCCAGCAGCCUCCCACCCCCUCGCGGCUCUCUGCAUGCCUGGGAAUCACCACUUCCCUUUGCUUCCAUUUUUAGUGCAUUUUCCAGCCUGGCUUUCUUGUGCUCCAGUGCCCUUGAGCAGCCCCAGAGACAGGAUCCCAGCCCCGGCACGGCGCUCCUGGGUGCACGGGGACGCGACGGGGCUGUGGCGAGCCCCUGCCUCCCCCGCCUUUCCAGCCGACACCCAGGCGCACAAGGUGCCAGCCCUGGGGGCCGCGGUGCCUUCCCGGAGCGCUGGCAGAGGCGCCUGCUCCCCGCUCCCCACUUUGGGGAAGAGCGAAGUUGGCCGCACGUGGUUUGCACGUGGAUCCGGGAGGCUGCGUUACUCCUCUCUCCAGAUGCUCGCGCAGGCGGCUGCGCAGCGUGGGGAGCCCGUGCUGGGAAGGACCCGUCUCCCUGCCAAGGCGAGCGGGGAGCCCCAGGCAGGUGGGGUGAGGGGCAGGGAGCUGCUCCCUUCGGCACGGCACCCUGGCUUUAGCAGCACGAGGGUCCCUGGCCCUCCGGCCCCGCCAGCCCUGAGCCGCGAGAGGCAGCGGUGCUCUGGCUGGCGGGACUGGUCUGGCACAUGCCGUGUGCAGGGCGAGGCUGCUUUGCUGCAGGCACCGGCGUGAGCCAGGGCUGAGCUGGCCCGGAGACGGCGCCCGAAAGGGGCGGCAGCAAAGCUGGGCACCAGGGAGACCUGGGUCUCCGGGGAAGGUCCAGCCCUGCUGUCCUGGGCCGAGGGGACCGGUCCCCAGGGCAGCCGGGCAGGGGCUUGCAGGUCUGCCGGCGCAUGGAGCUGGGAUUCUCCGUGCCUGAGCUAAUGGCUCCUGCCUCCAGCGGAGACGCCUCCUCCCACCGCCUGCGAGCAUAUGGCUGCGCUGCCAGGCGCGAUUUAAAGGCACGGUGCCGUGCUGCAGAGGGACGGGACCCCCGCCCAGGCCGGGCCGCGCUUUGCACAGGGGGCUGGGAACAACCAGACCGCGAGGGUUCAGGCAGGCUCUGAGGUUGCCCUUCCCCGCCGGGGGUCCCGAUUCCUGGCAGCUACUGACUUCAGCUCCGUGCUCUGUCUGGAUCAUCCCCUGCCCCGAGAGACGUUCAGCCCCGGGCAGGGGAGUGCCCCCAGCCCAGCCCGGGGAGGCAGAUGCAGCCGCUCUGCCUCCUCCGUGGCUCUGCCCUGGUCUCUGGGGGUCUCAGGGGGUUUCUCAGGCUGCCCAGCAAAUAGCAGGCCCCACCGUGCCCUGGGGCAGGGGUUGGGGACAGCCACUGGUCCAGUGUGGCGGGGCAGGAGCUCCAGGCCUCGGCUGGGGUGGGGGGCAUCCAGGAUGUCCUUCCCCAAGGAUGCUGCCUGCCUUCCAGCUCCACCCUGGGGACCCUGUCCGGAGCUUCCCUGCCCCUGCCCCUGCCCGUGGCAGCGCCACACCCACCUCUGGCUCAACCUUGUGCGCUCCCCAAGCAUCCCACCCCGCCAGAGAGCAAGACCCGGCCACGGCCCCACAGGUCACCCCUGUGCUAGGGAAAGGCCUCCAACCCAGAGGCUCUCCACCACCCGCAGCCCCUGCCCCACCCAUGCCUGCAGAAAAGCCCAGCCGGACGCCUGCGCCAGGCCCUGCGGUGACUUUGCUCUGCCCAUCCUGCCCUGCUCCCCACAGCGCCCUCGGCCCACGCCGCUCUGAUCCAGAGGUGCCUACAUCCUUCCCUGGGCUGUCUGCAGGCCCCGGCAGUGCUGGCCUGGCUCUGCUCCAGCCAGCCGGCACCCACGGGUCACCCGGCUGCGCCCAUAUCAGCAGCUUGGAAAGAAAGCAGUGCACCUCCCCAAAUGCAGCCCGCUCCCUGCGGGGCAGCAGGGAGGCAGAGCCGACGGGGCGGGGGUCCCGGCUGGGUCUGCGGGAGACAUUGCAGCACCUCGACCCCUUCAUCCCCCCCCCCUCCCCACCCCACCCCAUGGGCUCAGGACCACUGGAUGGGGGGGCGGGGGGGCAGAGGCUGCAUGGAUGGGGCCCACCAAGGGCUGGGCCUGAGCAUCCUCUGCUCCAAGCCCCUCCUGCAAGGGCGGAGGGUGGGGAGUGCAGGGGGAUGCGCCCUCCCUGCUGCCUGGGUGGGUUUCAUUGGCCGGGUCCCCUCCCCCAGCCCCGGCGCUGGGAGCCCGGAGCCCGGCUGGGUCCCAGCGCUUGCCGCCUUCCCAGCCCAGCCCCCUCCCCCUUUGUCCCUGCUCUGCUGCAGGGCUGAGCUCAGGGGGUCCCCUGCCAGGACGGAGCCGGGCGCCCCCGGAGCGGAGAGGGUCCCCCCUCCCCACAGCACCUGCCAGGAGCCGGCGGGCCUGGGCCCCCCAAGGACAAGGCUCUGCAUGGAGGACCCAGCCGGGCUGGGUGCAGGGACCCUGGGGACCACUGGGCAGCAGGAAGCACCCACCCUCCACCUCCUUCCUCCCGACUUGAAGCACAAACCUCACUGGCUUCCUCCCCCCAGCCCCCACCCCGCUCUAGGCAUCUCCAUUUUCGUUUGUAAGGGGAGACCAAGUUGUGAACAAUGGUGAACUACUGUGACAUGUGGUUAUCGUGCUGUAGAGACCCCCUAGGCCCCCUGGCUUGUCUCUGCCCCCCGCCCCCCGCUUGCUGUGACCCCCACCCCGCCGUCCCCCGCUGCCUGUAAUUUGCUGCCAUCUCUGUGUGUGCGUGCGUGCGUGCGACCCAUUCGAGUCAUCGGUAGAGACAGAACAAAAUGAGAAUAAUAAUAAUAUUAAUAAUAAUAAUAAUAAAAACCUCUCUCAGGAACAAACCCCACGGAUCGUGGCCAGCAGGGCUCAGGGGACGCCGUCCCCAUCCCGUUCUCCCAAACCUCUCCCAACGCUUCACAGUUCUCGGCAGGCGGCGCCGGCCCGCGGGCCCGCUCCCGCCUGCCCACGGUGCUACAAGCGCUCUGGGUUGGAUGUUGUACCGUCGUGUUAGUGCAGAGGUUCCUGUAUCGUUGUCUUGGAGAAGCCGGCUUGGAGGCGAGAGGCGGCCGCGGGGCUGGACGUGUCCGGGCGUCCCGGGUCCGGCGAGGUGCAAGCUCGGCUCGUGGUGAUACUGGUUGUCGUGACUAUGGAAUAAAGUGUAUUCUCGGUCUG